AUGAAGAACAUUAAGGAGAAUAUCAUAAAUUUUAGAGACCUAGCCAAGCAGCUGGAGGCUUGUGUACGGUACAACUCAACGGAUAUCGAAGUGAUGCAGGACAUUUACGCGGAAUGUAAAAAAGACCUAAUGACUCUGGAGAAGCUAACGCUGGAGGCUCUGGAAAAGGGAAACGCGAAUUUGUUUGAGAAGCUAGUAGAGGCGUCAACCCACGUGAACCGAUCCAUCAAGCUGUUCGAAAGCUUCGAGAAAAACCACAAGGAGCGCCCGAGGACUUUCUCAGAAGGAGGAGGGUCCCCGCAAAAUGGGGCAAUCCAAAUGGCACACGACGAUAGGGACUUUUCCAAAAAGAAAAAAUCGCAUCAAGGGUAUAAAAAACAUGACAGUAAGAGGAGAGGGAAGAAAUACAAAAGCAUGAGUGACGAGGAGGAAGACAGCGAAGGAAGGAAUCGAAGUAAAAGCCAAAGCAGGAGCAGAAGCCAUAGUAGAAGUGGAAGCUUGGGCAGAAGCUCCGGAAGAAGAAAAGAACAUGAAAAGAGGAAAAAAAAAAAGAAGGAAAAGGAGAAGGAAAAAGAAAGAAGGAAGUACUUCAAAAGUGACGAAGAAAAUAAUAGCAAAGAAAAAGAUACGAAUGAUAAUAAAAAAAUGAUAAAGUCAGACUCUCUAGAAUCUUUUAACAAAGCCUUUGGCACUUUCCAUGAUACUAUGAACAUGCUGAGCAGCGAAAUAGAAGAAGACCUGGACGAUUUUCAAUUGAAAGAGAAAAAGCAACAGAAGAAAAAAAAGAAAAAACAGAAUGAUGGAAAAAUAAAGAGACAGCACAAUAAGGAUAACGAUAAUGAAGACGAAGACGACAGUGAAGACUCGUUUUUAAGAAAAAAUCAAAUCGAUUCGCCAGACAAUUUAAGUCCGCGAAGCAGCAGCACUACAAAGGGAAAAACAAACAAAGGGAGAAAAGUAAUCAGCUCACACGGGAACCAUCACCCAGUGGUCAUAGUAAUUCACAUAUCAGAUAUUAUAAAUGUUUCACGAAAUCUUAAAACGAUUUAUAUUGUUCUAACACUAAAAUCGAUUGAUAACAAAAUUAGUAUAAGAAAGAAAAGCAAAAAUAAACACGUUGAUAAUUUUUCUGUAAACGUAUCUGAACUUUUUGAAUUCUCCGUUUUUCACAACAAACAAUUGUUCUUGUACAUAGAGGUAGUAGACACAGACAAGAACAGUCAUUGUUACACGUGCUUAAUAAAUUUGAAUAAUAGGAUUUUGAAGAAAACUCGAUUUUUUGUCCCUACGGCAUUUUUAUUAACACAAGUUAGUGACAAUGUUGAUGACAACGGGGGGAACCAAAAUUCGAUUCCUACCAACCCGAUAAUUUUUCCUAGCAGCCAUCAAAAUUCCAAGGACGAAAACUUCGAUAUCGAUAUGAAAGAUUUCUCGUUUAUAUCUCCCACACUUAAUUCCUUCCCGGGGGGAAGUUCUUUUGAUCGUCGCGUAGUGGGUCACGAGCUUCAUGGCAACCCCCCCACUGAUGACCUCAUCGGUGCUAACCCCACUGGCAGGAACCGCGCGAACAACCGCUUGAACGAUUUUCCCGUGGCGUGGGCCAACCCCAACAACUUCUACGCCAUGAACCAGAACCUGCGGAACCCCAAUUUGACCAACUUCAAUUUUUCACGCACCAAUCAGAAUGGCCCCAAUUCGAACAACUUCAACUUCGUCAGCAGAAACGUCGCCCAUAGGAAUAUGUCCACUUGGGGGAAUGGCAACCAGGGCUUUGGCACGCCCAAUUUUGGCAGCCCUAAUUUUGCCUACCGAAACGUUGGAGGCCCUUCCUUUGGUGGCCCCUCAUUCGGAGGCCCAUCAUUUGGAGUUCCCUCAUUUGGAGGUCCAUCAUUUGGAAACCCAUCAUUUGGAGGCCCCAACCGAAGUGUCAGUAACCCCACCUUUAGCAACUACAACAUUGGUCACCCCGACGUUGGUCAAGCCAACUUAGACCCUUUCGAGCCGUUCGACCCCUUCGACCUGGACGAAGCCAACACCGGCACGAGCAAAAAAGACGCAAUCGGCUCCCCCCAGGUCGACUCCCCUAGCAGCAGGAUAACAAAAGGAAGCGAAAAAGCAAAUGAAGCGGAAGAAGAAAAAAAAAAAAAGGAGCAAGCUAAAAAUGAAAAGAAUUUCUCAAGUGAUUGCUCCUACAUCAUAAUGAAUAUUUUUUUAAAAAACAAAGAUUUUGAUCACGAGACGGAAUUAAUGAAACAGAACAAUCUGAACCUAUACAAGCAACUAUAUAACGUGUCCAAUAAAGAAAAGGUGUACUAUGAAAAUAAGAACAAAGAAAAUGAAAAGAAAAUCGAAGAACUAGACAAGGCAGUAAUGCUUCUCGAGCUGGACAACGAAAGUUACGUAGAAGCAAACAACAAGUUGAAGGAAAUUAUCGAGUCGAACAAAGAAAUAAUUAAAGUAAUCGAAAAUAUUGUAAAGAAGAAAAAUAACAAAAUAGAAAAAUUGGAAAAAGAAAAUGAAAGAGUUGUACAGGCAGAAAAACUUAUCGAAGAAAAUAAAAAAGAAAACGUUUUUUUAUCCCAACAAAUUACCAAACUGAGUAGCAAUUUUAAGGAAAAUAAAAUGAAGUUAAAAGAUUAUAAUCAAGUUAAUGAAAACCUGAACAGCAAGGUAAACAAUUUGCUAUUCCAACUGCAAAAUGCCCAGAUGAAAAAUGAAAAACUUCUGCUCUACUUAUCCUACUUGGUAAAACAUAUCCACAAGAGCAGUUGCGACGAUGACGCCAAUAUGUUAAGUCUAAUGACGUUAAAAAAAAUGAAUUGGGGUAUAGAGGGAUUACAGAUUGGUAGGGAUUACCAGGAUAUGCCUGACGACAUCACAAACAACUGCAGUUAUGUGAAGACCGGUUCCAAGUACGAAGAGACUAUGCUAAAGCAUUUCAUCAAAAGUCAGAAAAGAGUUAAUGUGAACCAAAAACUUUUGUAUAAAAUUCUAGGCAUACCUAAUGAUCCCAAAAAGGAGAUUCUCAACUACAGCAGUGACAACAGCAAUGGUGUUCUCCUCCCACGAGUCAACACCAAAGGGGGAAGAAAUACGGCCAGAUGUAAUCUUCAAAAAGGGGAACCCAUGGCCAAUGUUGAUGCUUCCAAAAGUGCCACUCUCUCCGACCAAUUGGACGCAUCGCAGGAUGAAGAAAAGGACAUCCACAUUGAUGACUUUCUGGUGAAGGGAUACAAAAAAUAUAUCACCGCGACUUCAUCCACAGAAAUAAAUCAAGAGAAUCAUCUUCGAAGCGGGGAAAUCCAUCACCCAUUUGCAAAGAAGAAGAAGAAGAAGAAGAAAGAAAAACGGGAUGAAAAAAGUACACUCAAGGGGGUACCCCAGAAUCAACGAAAACAGAAAAGUUCCCAUAAUAGCCGCCCAUAUGGGUUUCCCCAAAUGAACUGGAGCAGCGAUGAAGAGGCGAAGAAAGAUCAGAGGCACUCCUUCGACUUGAAUGUGAAGCGAAUGGAUGAACUGCAAAAGGGGAAAGAAUCCAAAGGGGAAGGGCAAAAGAGCCACCUACUGAGUAAUAAAGAAAAAAUCAAAACGAGGCGAAUCCUAAGUGAGAUGAACAGCGAAAUCCAAAUUAGGCACCAUACAAACGAUAUUUUCCAUGAAGAUUCUUUUAACCACUCGAGAGAUCGCUCAAAUAACGACACGAAUAGCACAUUUUCCUUCAACGUAAAAAAUGACGCAAAUUGGGGUCACCUGAAAAAACAGAAAAGGGGCAAAAAGCAGGAGAAAAACCAAGAAGGGGAAAAUAACCAAAAUCAUGCUUCCAGAAGAGGACGCCCUGAAUUAAGCAAAAAGGGAAAGACGCAGCAGGGGAAGAAGCCUGGUUAUGCGGUGAAACAAACAGGGGAGAGAACUACAAAGGGAAAAGGUAAAAAGGAUCUGCGCAGGGACCUCAUGGAUGAAGGUGAUGCGGAUCAAUACUAUGAUGAUUACCAUGGGAGUUUCCUCCCCUUGAGAACCAGAAGGGAGAAACAAGAUAGGAAAAAACACUCCUUAAGUAAUUACAAAAAAAAAAAGAGAAACAAAUUGGUGUACAACGAAAAUUACACCUUUAGUAACUGUGAAAUGUCCAACGAUGACGCACCCCAGGGGGUGGAAGGUCCAUCCAAAGUGAGAAGCAAAAAAGAGAAGAACAUACUCAGUGAUACUUAUUUAAACGAAAGGGAUAGAAGUAGACGGAAGCAGAGGAAGCACGAGGAGGGUUCACCCUUGUGGGACGACCCCUUAGGGGAGAAGCAAUUUGACGAAGAAAGAGGUCCCCGUCACGAUAGCAGCGGAGGAAGCAGCCGACGAAGGAGUCGAAAUGGAAUGCAGAAAAAGGGAAAAGACGCCAAGCAUAAGCGAUUCAUCCACUUGAAAAAGAAGACAACGAACGACUACAUGAGUGACUACAAAAGUUUCGAAAAAAAAUUUAACUACUUUGUGAAGGUGUCAAAAAAUCUACAAGGAAGCCUUCUCUCCAAUAACAGCGACAAAAUAAGUUAUGCAGUCAAGUUGAACAAAAAAGGCUACUUCACAAAUUUGGAAAGAAUUAUCAACAAAUUCAAUAACAAGGAACAGACGUUUUCCUAUCUCGAUAGUUAUCUUAGCACACAAAUAAAGUCCAAGUUUUUAUCAGAUGACGACAUAAAGAAGCAUAAAAAUAGGUUGCGCCAUUUUUACAGCAAGAAUACGAAGGGCCUGAUUUUUGAAAACACCCUUGUUAAGCUAUAUGCCAAACUUUACUAUGUGAAUGAACCUUCAGGGAAAAGCAAUGGGUACAAAAAGGAGGCGUUAUUAUCCCCCGACAGCCAUGAUAGCAAUGGUGACACGAGCAAAGUUCCUCCGUCUGGAAGUGCCAAUGGUAUAUGCAAAAAUGACGGCAACAUAGUUAACAGCAAAGAUGGUGACACCACACGCAACGACUGUAAAAAGGGCAAGGAGAACAAACCAGAGAAAACACUCAAAAAAGAAAACAUUUACAUGAAUAUCUACGUUAAAUCAAUUCUGUACAACAUUAUCUAUAUCAAAAGUGAUCUGAGUGAAAACCAAAUGGACCACAUCAAGGUGAUAAAAAGAAAUUUGAAAAAAAAUUAUAACAAAGUGACAGAGGAAAAUGACUACAUAAAUUUAAAGAAAAACGAAAUUUGUUUACUGUACACCUUAUGCUUUAAAAAAAAUCAUCUUCAAAAGUUGCCCGUAUUCUUAAAUGUGGAAUGCCUAAACAAUGACAAUAGUAUCAUCAAGUUGAAAAUCACUUUACCCCUGCCCCAUUUAUUCCUCCUCAAACCAAAUAGCUUUUAUCUCAACGAUUUUGUAAAAAAUUUCUCAGAGAAGCAUAAAUAUUAUUACAAAUCGUACUACUACAAUAUGCUAGAUUUUUCAACGUUUAAGGAUUUUAUUAAUUCGAUAAAACUGUACAACUCGUUUAACGUUUUCCAUUUUGAUUCCUACAACAUUCUGUACAGCACAUAUCCUGUUAAUGCCAAAUGUAAGAUGAUUUUGCUAAUUGUGUGCGAUUUUGUGAAAAAAAAAAAUGGCGCUUCCAACGACACUGUGAAGUUACACUUUGUGUCUCUAUCCAACAGCUUGAUUAGCUUCGCCGUAAAUUUGUUUAGGCAAAUUUUGUAG